AUGUUAACUCAAGGAGCUAUUGAAUUUAUUUUUCAAGAAAUUGCAAUUCCUUUAUAUGUGCGAAUAGAAAAAUCAGAAAAAUUAUUCUUUUUACAUGAUGAAGAUUGUGUACUUCACAUUUGUUAAAUUUAUGAUGGAAUAAAUAGAAGAUAGAUCAAAAUUAAAAGUUAAUAUACUUUUCAAUUAUUAUAAUUAUAACCAACCAUUUAAAUAAUUAAAUUAGGAAAUCAUGAUGGAGAUAAAUGCAUAUUAGAAUAUCGUACAUAAUAAUAAGUAUUAUUUUAUUAAUUAAUUAUUUUUAUAGUAAUUGAUUCCAUACAAUAUAAAUUAGUAUUUUGAAUUGAAUUAAGUCAUUUUGUUCGAUUAAACUAAGUUAACAUAAUUUAGCAAAUAACCUAAUCAAAGAAUUAAUAUAAAAGGAAGAUUAAUUGAUAAAUUUAAAUAAAAAACAAGUACUAUUGGAAAUACUUAUAAAAUAUCAACAAUAGCAGAUUGCUUAAGUGAAUCUUGUAUUACAAUUAUUUCAUUCCAAAAUGAUUGGAAUGGAGUAUUUGAACAUAGGCUUGAUUAAAUAGAGAUAAACUAGGAAUUUAUAUUUCUCAAAAUUAUUAGUUAUGAAUAUUGUGAUAAUGAUCGAGGCAUAAAUGAAAUUAGAUAUAGAAUUGAUAAGGAUACGAUCUUUUUCCCUUUAAAUCCUAUUUGGACUGACUAUGAUUAAAUCAAUUAUUAAAAUUUAGGUAAAAUAUUCAAUAUCUAUGGUUGCAUUUACAAAAUUAAAAAUAUUUAAGAAACUGGUUACUAAGUUAUUACUAUAGUUAAUUUUCAAAAAUAAAAGGUAAACGUCAUUAUUAAAUUACCUUUUGCUAAAGAUUUUAAACUUAAAGAAAAUACAAUAGUAGGUUUUAAAUAGAUUAAAGUUAUUUAGAAAUAAAAUUCUCAUUUGGCUCUUUCAUUCAAUGAUGAAUCAUAAUUAUGUACUCAAAUUUAAGUUGAAUACCAUAUAGAUAAUCAAAAUCAUUUUUAACCUCCUCAUUUUGAAAUAUAUAAAUUAAAACAUAAGAGCUAUUAAGAAAUUUAAUAAAAUAACUAAAAUGGCUAAUAUUAUAGAACUAUUGGGAAAUUUAAAUCUUUUGAAAUUUUAACUUAGAAUGAAGAAUAAACUUGUAAAAUUACAUUUGAUAAUAACUUAAUUGUAAUUGUUAAAAAAAAGAAAUAUAUAAAACGUCUUUUAGGUAUAAUUAAAUUCAUAAUUAUUUAUUAGAUAGCAUUACGUAAUAUCUAAAUGAAAAAUCAAGAAUUCUUUAAAAGGAAGAAAUUGGAUUAAAAUUUGAAGUAGAAGAACCUUUACUUUAGGAUUUUGUGAUAAAAGUUAUUAGAAUUGAAAAUGAAGUAAAAUAUGAAAUGGUAAAAUUAUAUUCAUGUGCUUAUACAUAUGGUGAAGAUGAAAUACUAAAGAAAGUAAAAAAAGAAUGA